GCAAAGUUAACCCGCGAGUUCUAUCCUUUGGCGCCAAAACGUGUUGAGUUCGCUCUUGCUUUGUCACCGAAACAUGGGAGAAACCUCUUCCAUGGCAACCCUAGCUUUUCGUCCUCCUCACUUCUCCGAGGAAGUAGCUUGGCUUCCAUGCUGGCUGCAGAGUCUUGGAACUAAUGGGUCUAUUGAAUUUGUUAAGGAAUCUCAAGCCCAUUCAUACAAAGAAGCAAAGGAUCCGGGACCUUCUGAAGAAACUGGUAAUGUUGGAGAAGAUUUCAAUGCAAUGUCAAGGGAAGAAGGUCGAUAUAGAAGUUGUCAUUUAUUCUUAUCUGGAGAUGAUAGUUCACCUCUUAGUGUUGCUUCAUCUCCUGAAAAUCAGGUGUUUCACUUUAGUCUUCGUCUUUCUUCAGACAUUGGUUCACUCUUUUGCCCGACCCAAGAUUUGAAUGAAUCUCAAGAUCUAGUUGCACCAAGUACUGUUUUGUCAUUGCAAGCUAUUCAACCUUCUCUUGAUUUUAGAGAAAACAUGCAUUCGAUAAUGGAUCGUCUUACCUGUGAAUCAGAUUUGCCCGCUGCUUUCAUCCCUGAAACUAUGGAAAAGGAUGCUUCAAAAUCUCUAGUUGCUACAAUUGAUUCCGUUAAAGAUGCUGAUGUAAGUAGUGCAAUAGAACUUUCUGUUGCUGCAUCUGAGGCAUUGGUCAUACAUGAUUUAGUGAAGCUGGACUCAGUUUUAGAAACAAUGCAAACAGAAGCUAUACUUGAAGUUGCACUUCGUGUGAAGCAGGCACGUCUUGAGGGAUUGGAAGACGGCUUCCAAUCCUCAAAUGAGGAAUCUGACUAUAGUGAUUCUCUUUCUGAUUUGAAUGAUUUCAUCAUGGAAGAUGCCUAUGAAGAUAUAGGGCUGCCUAUUGGUGUUCCUGUCGAGAAUACUCUCUGCAGUUCAACUAUAUUUGAAACAAAAGGUGUGUCUGAUGUUCAAGAAGGUAGAGAAUGCAUUAAUAAAAAUAGUGAUGGUAUGCACGCUUCUCAGCUUCACAAUUUUGAUGAUAAAUCUAAACACAAGCAGUUAGAAGUUAACGUGGAGAAGGAGAUGCAGCAAAAUACAGACUCACCUCAUCAUUCUUUACGUUGUGAAAAGAAGACGCAUUUUGAUGAUCCUGGUUUGGGUGAAAAUACUCUCAAACAUUUUGAUAACAGUCCUCCUAUUUCUCAUCAAUGCAUAGGGAACAGUACCGAUGUUUUGGCCCCCGAUCAGACAGUUGGGUUGACUAUGCUUGACUUGACUUCUAUCAAGCCACCAAACAGUGUCAACUCGUCACUUGUUGAGAUUUCUGGAAAUUUCAAAAAAGAGAAUUGGGCAACUUACCCAGCUCCAGAAAGGUUUAGAAGUCGCUGGUUAGGGGGGUGGACAUAUAAGGAAUUAGAUUCAUCUUCAUUGAAAGGAAAGAAUGCAGAACGUAUUCCAAAUUUUCUUGUUAGAGAGACAAGCUUUCUUACAGAAUCCGUAGAUAUUGUUCCUGAUGAGAAUUCUCGUGUGCUGAAACAUGAUCCCAACUGUGUCAUUGGUUCUCAACUAAGUGUGCCUUCUGAAGACUCACACAACAAACCUAAUGAGAGCAUAUUGCAGUCUCAAGAUGUGAUAAAAUGUUUUAGUCCAUCACUGACUGAUCCUCUCUGUUCAUUUGUUCCGUGUAGCCUUUCCUUAGAGCAUGGCAAUUACAAAACUCAUAUUGACAAAGGAAAAGAUUGUGAGGAUUUUGUCCCAUCCGUCUUUGAAUUUGAGGUGGAUAAUUUUCAAAGGAUAUUGGGAAAGAAUUUUAAUUUUGACCGUAGUGAUGAGAAAGUUACGUCCGUGCUAGAUAAUAAGGAUCUUCCAAUCACUGAAGCAAGGAUGGAUGAACAAGUCACUCGGAAAUUAGCAAGGGUUGAACACACUUCUCUUAAGACUUAUAGCACAAUUUUACCAAACUAUAAUUUGACAGCACUUCCAAUUGAUGAGAGUAUGGGUAGUGCAGCAUCUUUGGGCACGAAGAUUUCAGAGAGCCUAUCUGCUUCAAAGCACGCAGAUGGAAACAAAAAUAAAGAAGAUAAUCAGCAUUUGGUUGAUCAUAACUCAAUUAUUGAAAUAAAGAAUGACAAGCGUAGUAAUGAGUUAAAACCAGCAGAUGAAAAUGACAUUUCAGCAGAACCAACACAAGAUACACCUCUUAUUCUAAACCAUAGGAUACGCCGGUGUUUGCUAGGCCCUAUGAAUGUUGCAAAUGAUGUCAGUGCAGAGAAAAUUAGGACGGAACUUGUGGUGCCAGAAACUGUCGUUCAAAAUGAACAGAACAAUACUCUUAAUGAACUGCAGUUUGAGAGCAAGAAAUUCCCCAGUGAACAUGUUAGAGUCAGAAAGAAAGUACAUUUCUCAGAAAAAGUGGAAGGGCUUCAUCCGAAAAGGAAAGUAUCAAAGUUGGAAUCCUCACAUAAAAGAUGUUCAUCUGUCAGAACAAAAAGGCAACGAGUUUCAAAGUCAUUGACCAAUUCUGUGCCAAGUAUGAAACAUUCUUUGACAAAUUAUUGCAGAAACAGAGUGAAUGAAUGUAUAUUUCAAGGUAUAGAGUUCCUUCUAACCGGAUUAUCUAGUGAGAAGGAAAGGGACAUGGAAGCACUUAUAAGGAGUUCUGGUGGAGUGGUUCUUUAUGAUAUUCCCUCUCAAAAUUCCAGGGGCAGGCGACAUUCAACUUUAUCGCAUUUUCCCAUUGUUCUAUGUAUGAGAAAGCUGCAAACCACCAAAUUUUUAUAUGGUUGUGCUGUUGGUGCCUCAAUACUAAAAGUUGACUGGCUUAUUGAUUGUGUUGCAUCUGGAACUAUUUUGAAACCUGAAAAAUACAUGAUUCUUCCCAAUCGAAAUGACAUGAAGUGGUCCAGGAUUGGGACGGCAAUUCAUCCAAGAAACCAGAGACAUAUAUUUGAAAGAGUACGAAUUCUGCUUCAUGGGAAGCCUAGUUUCUGCACCAAAUUGGCAUGCAUCAUCAAGCAUGGAGGUGGACACGUGUUCAAAACGCUUCAAGGGUUAGUACGGAUCAUUGAUGAGGAAGGGACUUGGGUUGAAGCUAUUGUAGUUGAAGAUAAAGCUACAAUAUCUCGUCACCUGAAGCAUUGUGCCCAAGAGCGGAAUAUUCCAACGAUGCCUUUUAGCUGGAUAAUAAAGAGCUUAUAUUCUGGAAAGUUGCUUCCUUUUACGGAAAAAAAGACCAUACAUCCUUUGCCAUUUGUUAAAGCCUCCGAACUUCCCAGUUCUUCUGAUAUGAGUCAAGAAAUAUAAUUUUUUUUAGCAACUAUGGUGACCAUUUAUGAAGAUUUAUGUAAGGGCAACACAAGGGAGGAUUCGGAAAUUUUAAAUUUCAAAGGGAACAAAACUAAUGUAUAUUAAUUUC